AUGAUUCAUGAAUUCCUAAAUGAGCGGGAUGUUCACAAUUCGACAGUUUGUGUUGUCAGCACUUUUGGUUCAGGAAGAGCUUGUUGCUUUUUGGCGGCGUUGAUUGCGAUUGCUCAGAUUAAUCGAGGAAUUCUGCCGAAGAUUGCGGAAAUUUUCAAAAGUAUCAAAUUGCAAAGACCUGGGGCUACGGAGAAUAUUAUGUCGUAUUUGACGACUUAUUUAAUUGUGCUCGAUUAUAUCAAGGUAAUUUUGAAAAAGAGCACAAAAAUGAAAAAUUCAUGGAAAAUUUCAGCGUAAACUUGGUGACAAAGAUAUUAAUUCGAAAAUUGUGGAUGGUAUUAAGAGUAUUCGGAAUAUUAUGACGAAAAUGCACGAAGGAGCACAUCAUCAUCAUUGA